AUGCCGGAGGCAAGAGACCGAUUAUCGAGGAGGUAUUUGAGCAGGGGGAAUGCUGUGAGGGUAAAUUCGAUAGCUUUUGUUCUUGAAGACGAGGGCGAUGAAAGGCAUGCUGCUGGAACUCCCUUCCGGUGGAGAGGCACGGCAAUGGCGGGCACACCUGGGGUGGCUUUUGGGAGGGACAGUGUUGGGAAUCCAAGAGGUGGUCGUGUGUGGUAUUUGGGUCGAUCGUCUGCACGUAAAACGGGGCUAAAAAAUUUGUCCACUUCGGUGGGGCGUGGCCGUGGCCGAGCUCUUGGAAGUACUGUUUUGCCCCAUUGGUAUCCAAGAAGGCCCCUCCGCGACAUUACUGCUGUAGUAAGGGCAAUUGAAAGAAGAAGAGCACAUUGGGAAGAGGUUGAAGGCCUACGACAAACUGAGAGUCCUUUACUCGAAGACCGUAUUUGUGAUCCUUCAGCAUCCACAUCAGCUGUUCAACUCGAAAACGACCUUUCAAUGAUCUCCCCACAUCCUACGAUUGGACUUAAACGUCCUCACCCUACUAUUGGUGAAGUCCCAAAGAUACUUCUCGAUAUCGCCACUAAACAGAAGGAUGGGGAUUCUUGCAAGACGCCUCAGAAGAAGCUUCUAGAAAACAUCGACACGGUUGAGAAAGUGGUGAUGGAGGAGCUUCGUAAGCUGAAGAGGACCCCAUCUGCUAAGAAAGCUGAGAAGGAAAAAACGGGUGAGGACUUUGAUGUCUAUGCGCUAAAAAUCUUGGCCGUUCAUUCAUUAUCUUGCUCUCAAUCAAGGUUGAGGGGCUUUUUCGGUGGAAUGUUGAAGGGCCCUUGA